CCUUUUUAUUAUUUCAUAAGGAGUGUAUGUUGAACAAAAUACUACUUGUUUAUUAUUAAUAUUUAUAAAACAAAUACAAAAUAACAAGAUAAUCACAUCGUUUUAAAAAUUUGUCAAUAAAAUGGCAUUUGAUCAAUCUUAAAUUGUCACAAUAUAUAAAAUCAUUUCUUAACAUUUUCUUAAUAUUAUAUAAAAGAGGUUAGGCUUUAUGCCGAUAUUAUAAUGGCAAUAGAAUUUUUAGUAAAUCGAUUGAAAGCACUCAUCGUAUUUCUUUUGGGAGUAUUUCGGCGAGCAAUGUGCUGUUUUCGACGUCGAAGAAGAUCAUCCUGUGAUUCUAUUCCCUUAUCUGCUAUUGGCGUAGUACCGAACACCUUGAACACAACACAACCAGAAUUAGAGCACUGGGAUCAAUGGGAGGAAAAUCUUGUCGUGAUCGUGCCAGAUAGGCCAGUUGACACAAUACAAGCAAAGAUUGAACAAUAUAGACAGCAAGCAUCUAAACCACCAGAAUCUACAGAAGAGCAACAACCAGAUUUUUUUGAGAAUAUGACACCAAAGAUCACUGCACAGACAAAAAUUUUAAUUAAAGAUAAAAGCUUAGAGAAUACAUCCUGGAAUUCAACAAAAUUUGCUGUGAUCAAUGAUCCUAUACCAUCUGUAAUUACAUACUUUUUACAAUAUUUAAUUUUUAAUGAUAUAAAACUAAUUAGUGGAACUAUAUUUAUACAGAAUGAAUUAGGAGAAUGGGAAGACAAUGCUGUUGGCUGGGAGGAAGAAACAACAAAAGAAUUUGGAGAUCCCACAAAAACAUUGAGGGAACAAAAACGAAGAGAAAGAGAACAGCGACUGUUUGAACAGCAACAAAAGAGAAUCGAACGCAGUUCAAGACCACAACCAUUAGGAGCAAAAUUAAACUCUUGAUGAGAAGGAAGAAUAGUUGCAAAAAUUUAUAUUGAAAAUGAUAAUUUUUCAUUUAAUGAUGUUCAUGCACAAAUAUUCUUUUCUCUAUUGCAUGGAACGUCGAUUAAAAAUAAGAAAAAUCAAAGAUUAUUUAUGCAUUACAAAUUAUUAUUUUAUGUUUUUUAAAAUUCGUCAAAUCUCAUUCUAUAUGGGAAAGCAUAUCGCGAAGAUAUUUUGUUUCAAACAUACAAAUUUAUAUUUUAUAAGCUUACUAAUAUUGAUACAUGUAGUGAAAUUAAUUUCUUAAUUCAAAUUAUUUAAUUAAAUCAUUAAAUGGUAUUUAAAUUAUUACAAUAAUAAUUACAUUAAAAAAUACUGAAUAGAAACCAAAAGAAUUUAUUUAUUUGCAUAAUAUGUAUGCAAAAAUAAUGAACAAAUUUCCAUUGAAAAGAAUAAUAAUAUUGUUGUUUUUAUUGUUGAAAUUAUUUUAUUGUUAAAGUAUUUCUAACAGUUAAAGACAUUCCAUGUAAAUAACCUUUUAAUAUCAUAUAAAAGCUGAUUUUUUACAAUCAAAUCUGACUAUUUUUUAAAGGCUGAUCAUAAAAUCUUAUAACUAAUUUCUAUAAAUAUUAUUUUAUCUAUAUGAUUAAUCUCUUAAUCAUAUUGAUGUAAUGUCCAAAACAUGUCCAUUGAAUUUGUAGUGAAU